AUGACACCCUCAGGAGACGUCCUCUUCUUCUCUGGUCAGCAGCUCCAAGUGGCUUGUGAAGUGAUUCUGGAUAUGUCAGGAGAGGAAGUGAGCCCAGACAUUGUUUUCAUGGAGACAGAAGAUUCUCCAUCAGUGGAUGAAGAUCAGUGGUCCAUGUUGGAGCCCAGUCCAGAUUCUAGCCAGAACUCUUCUGAGUCGGACCAGGACGAGCCAGUGUCUCAGGAAGACUUGUUUUCUGCAUCUGAAUAUGUGGAGGACAUUUACUGGAAUUUGAGGGCCACAGAGGAGCGGUUCAGACCAAAGCCAGGCUACAUGGACCAUCACCCACAGACCUUGGAGAACAUCAGGCCCUUCACAGUGGACUGGCUGACCCGAAUCACCACAGACCUCGGGCUCGACACAGAGACUCUGCAUCUGACCAUCAACUACUUGGACCGGAUCUUCUCCAAAUCCAGAUCAGUGAAACUACAGGACCUGACUCUGAUCGGGACGACUGCUCUGUUCAUUGCUACGAAGCACCAGAGCAGGAACCCCCCGGAGGCUCAGGUGUUUGUCCCACGAGAUGGAAGCUACACGAAGAAAGAGUUGCUAGAGAUGGAGUGGCGUCUCCUCAAAACCCUGGACUUCACUCUGUCAGCCCCCACGUCCUACACCUUCCUUCACAUCUUCAUGUCCAUCUACCCUGUUUGUGAGACCACACAGAACCUGGCGGUGUUUCUGGCAGACUUGAGUCUGAUGGACGUGAACUUGUUGGUGCGACACGACUCGUCUAAAGUGGCAGCUGCAGCUCUGUUCAUGGCCAACUACAGGGUCAACAGAGAGAACUGGCCUGAAGACCUGGACCUGUUCUCUGGAUACCCAGUGGAGGACAUUGCAGAUUGUGUCGAUGAACUGUACAAGCUGGAACUCAUCUCCGCCACACGCCCCCUGCAGGGCAUCAGGACAAAGUACAAGAACUCAAUGUCUGUGAUUCAAACUGCCUCCACGUCCCAGUCCGGCUCAUCAGCACCAACCUACUGGAGACCGUUCAACAACACAAUGGGACAUUUCCGUCUCACAGAAUGA